UAGUAUUAGUCAACAGUGCCUGUUCCCCUGGACAAUUCUCUGAGUCAAUCAUUAAAGCAGAGUUUUGAAUGGUGCGUAUCUGACAUCAUUUGUAAAUCCAGCAGCGUGUGUGAUAGCCUAACAAAUUUAUGAGUUGACUCAAACGUGCAAUUUCGAAAUGGAUACAAAUAAGGAAAAUACCAAAAUGUGGAUGGAAUUAUCAGAUGGCAAGGAAAGUGAUUGGAGAGAUUGUUUUAAAAUAUGUCAGCGAGCAUUUCAAAAUGAUCCUUUCUACACUUACACACACCCGGAUCCAGCAAUUCGGCGAGAAUUUUUGAAAGUCUAUUUUGACUAUUUAUACCCAGCUAUUUUACAAGAUGGCAAAGGUAUAUUAGUUGUAAUAAAAGCUGAAGACGAGGAAGGAAUCAAAAUAAUUGGUGGGAUGUCAGUUACAAUGUAUCAGGAUGAGGAAUUAGAAAAUGAUCACACAGCUUUACUAGCAGUUGAUAGAAACGGUUGGAUGAAACAUUUGAGACGUGAUGACUGGGAAUGUGAAACCUAUUACGAAAAAUUACAAGAAUUGCAGACAAAUUAG